UGUUAUAUCAUUACAAAAGCAGAUAUGUACAAUCCUGACUGACUAGCUUUGACACGGUACAGUCCAUGGCCACAUGACAGCGGAUCUACGUAGAGGAGCUCGGUGCAUCGUGCUUCGGGGCCCCAGCGCGCAUGCGUCAGGUCUGGCGUUGAGGUAUCCAAUAUGUCGCUGGAAGAUCCGUUCUUCGUAGUCAAGGGGGAGGUCCAGAAGGCGUUGUCUCGUGCCAGGAGCCUUUAUGAACGCUGGGAGGAGCUUCUGGAGGAGGGCACUCAGGUGAGCAAAGAUGAGCUGGACUGGAGCACCAAUGAACUGAGGAACUGUCUCAGAGCCAUAGACUGGGACCUGGAGGACCUGAGUGAAACCAUCAGUAUCGUUGAGUCCAACCCGGGGAAGUUCCGCCUGGGGGAGAAUGAGCUGCAGGAGAGGAGAGACUUUGUGGAGCGGACACGGCAGGCCGUACAGGAGAUGAAGGAGCAACUCUCCAGUCCCUCUGUUGUGGCCCAGGCAGAGAAGAAGAACAGACAGGCUCUGAUGGGUACGUCUGGGCAGGACAGGUCUGAUGGUCUGGAGUCUCACCUGGUGUCAGCCAACUCCAGAUACAUCCAGGAUCAACAGGAACAACAGCAGUUGAUCAUGCAGGACCAGGAUGAGCAGUUGGAGCUGGUGACAGGAAGCAUCAGAGUACUGAAAGACAUGUCAGGACGCAUCGGAGAUGAACUAGACCAGCAGGCUGUUAUGCUAGGAGAGUUUGGAGAGGAGAUGGACCAGACGGGUUCUAGGAUGGACUCUGUCCUCAAGAAGAUGGAGAAAGUCUCCCACAUGACCAGCAGUAGGAGACAGUGGUGUGCCAUCGGAGUACUGGUGAUUUUGACGUGUGUGUGUGUUCUCUCAGGUAGGAGACAGUGGUGUGCCAUCGGAGUACUGGUGGUCAUCAUGGUAGUUGUUCUCAUCCUCUUCUUCACCCUCUGAGUACGGACCUCUCUUCACUACACCACACUCACCCACUCCUUCCUGGGGAUGAACGAUGGAUGAAGGCAACGAUAAAGGAACCGGGGAGUCCAAUCCAACCCUCGUCUUUCCUUUGUCAUAGAGGGGAAUUCAGUCUCUGAAUAAUCUCUGUCUAUUACUCGUCACUUCAUCUGUCUCUCUCUGUGUGUCUCUCUCUGUCGCUCUCUCUCUGUUUCUGUCUAUCCCCGUUUCCCUCUUUCCCACCUCUCUCACCACCCAUAUCAGAGGAGUGAACAGCAGUGAGAUGACGGUUACAUUAUAUAUUCAGGCAAAGCUAAGAUGUCUCUUAUGUGUGUGAAUUAUGGUACAGACUUGGAAUGAUGGGGAUGAGGGAGAUGUCAAUGUUGCCUUAUCUAUUUUUAUACGUCUAUGAGAUGAUCUAUGGUCUUCAUCCCAAAUAGAACCCUAUUCCCUACAUAGUGCACUACUUAGGAUUGGUGAAAUCACCUAGAUCCUAGAUCAGUUGUUAGGUCAACUUCUACCUUGUUCCAAAUCAUCUGGCCUGUUGGAAUAGCUUUAUCAUAGGAGGUAGAAGUUACCCCUAGACACGUUUUAUGUAGUUUCCCCUUCAUGGAUAAAGGAUUUGAGGCUAGUGAUCUGAUCCCAGAUCUGUGGAUAUGGGAAAGUUCAAGCCUAUGGUGAUAGCUUUACCAUAGUAACAGUUGGAGUUCUGGGUUGCUGGGCAGGAAAUUAGCAGCACAACAAGUUAAUUUGAAGCUCUUUCACCCCCUAGUGGACAUUUAUGGCCAUGUCCACGUUUCAUAAUGUGAUGGCCCGUUUUCAGAGUUUUGGGGAGUGCUGAUAUAGGAUCAGUUUUUCCUCCUACUCUGAGACGCUUUAUGAAUAUGACCCUGAGGUGCAUUUUAUAAUAUUGUGUAAAUAGAUGUGAUGCUUUACGUGCUUGACAUUGUGGGAUGUAGAUUUAGCCUUUCUCAAGACAUCUCUCUAUGUGAGAGUUUCCUGCCUGGUGUCUUUUGGUUGGCACUGCCACCUUGGUCCCAAUGAUACCCGUUUGUGUGGGAUGGAUGGUUUAAUCUGUUCAUUUGCGAUUGGUUGUGUAUUUAGGGCUCCCGAAUGGGGCAGCGGUUCACUACAGACCCUGGUUCGAUUCCAGGCUGUAUCAUAACCGGCCGUGAUUGCGAGUCCCAGAGUCGUCCGGGUUAGGCCGUCAUUUUAAAUAAGAAUGUUAACUGACUUGCCUAGUUAAAUGUAUUUACAUUGUACUGAUUGAAUCACUCAAGUAUUUUUCCAUGCUGUUUGUGAUCAGUUUGAAAGGUUGUGGCUCUGUUCUACUGGUUUCCCUCUCACAUUCUCCAAUGAUUUAGAUUUAUUAGGAACUCUCAGGGUGCAUUGACUGGUACAAUAGGCCCUGUUCUAAUACCUCAUUACUGCAUUCUUCCUUCCACCGAUCUAACUUUGUCAGAUCAGUGAUUGUGCACAAACAAAGUUGCAUUAUAAGUGUUUGAACAGGGCCUGAUUCUUCCAAGUCGAAAAGGUUAGCUAGCAUUUAUCCACUAUUCAGUUCACCAGUGUUUCUCAUGCUAUGGAAAUGACUUACCAUUCAGGAGUUAUUGCUAGAUGCCUCGUGGGUAGAAUGUAUUGUGUAAAUAGCAUACAAAAUGUCUGCCUUCCUGCAGUGCACACCUGUUAACGUUUCCAUGUUGUUGAAUGGGAGUUUAGAACUGUAUUUUGUUGCCAUGUGAGUGCAGUAAACAUUGAAUUAGUGACCUCACUCAUCUCUUUAUUUCAAGUUCUACUGUUGCUAUUCAUUUGUAAUGUUUUCCAAAGUCUAUCAAUUCUAUUUGCCUCUUAACCCCAAAAAACAUACAUUGUCGGUCACCCUGUCUAUGAAUGAACAUGGAAGUCAUUUCAAACGCUUUACCGUAUCAUCAGUCUGAAACAAGUAAACACUCCUUUUUGUAUGUAGCCCUUGAUGAAAAUGAACACGUUAAUAAAUCAUAUGCUUUUAAA